CAUUUCCUUAUUUGCAGUGAAAUGAAGAUCAUCAUCAUAUCAGUUAUCUGUGCAGAUGGCCGACUCUUCGUCUUCAUACAUACACAUGGUACAACAUCUUAUAGAAAAGUGUCUGAUAUUCGGUAUGAGCAAAGAAGAAUGCAUGGAAGCCCUUUGUAAACAUGCAAAUAUCAAGUCAGUCAUCACCUCCACUGUGAUACAAAUCACCAACAUGCAGUGUGGGCCGAGUUGGAGAAAGAGAACAAGGAAUUCUUUGAGUCCUACUGGCAAUCUCGGUCUGGGUACUCGAGAAAACCUGAUCAGAUGUCUGAACCCGCAGCAAAUGAUCAGAUUUAGAAGACGGUAUUUGAGCAUUACUCAACAAGUAGCUGGUAUAUAUGAAAGAAACAUCCUCGUAUAUGAUGUAGGCUUGUGAUAACAUGCCAUAUAUGUUGCACAUGGCCAAUUGGGUAAACCUACAGACUGUAUAUACAUGUAGAUACCAGUUUGCGGUGCCUGCAAAAUGACCCGAUUGCCCUUUCGAGCUUGUGAUGAUAACACAGUUAUAAAAAACCUUUGGGGGUAUUAUGGUACAUUUGAUUAAGAUGAUAAUAGUGUUGGGUGGUGUUGGGAAUAAGUCGCUCUCUAAUGUGACGCGAGCAUAUGUAUAAAAAUGAAUGAUUAUAUCGGUUUGCUUCCAUGUGUUUGAUAAUUGAUAAUAAUCUAUGAGUUUGUUAUAA